CCAUAUUCAGUUUGUCUCUGUCUCUCUCCCUAACGUGUAUAUGUGGUGGUUUCCAGCCGCGAGGAUGUUGGUGGCUGCUCUGCUCAUUCUGGUCACUAAUUUGGAGCAGGUGGGAGCUUUCAGUCUGACCGUCACUGAGAGUCAGAUAGAAGCCACAGCCGGACAAUCUGUGUACUUCCUGGUAAUGCCCAGUGAACAGGGAAGUUUUAGCAUAUCAUGGAAAGUCAACACCAGCUCCACAAUCGCAGCAGCACAGGGAACAUCAGUGAAGUACUAUGGAGACUACCAGGGUCGGGCUGAGCUUUACCCCAACAAUGCCACUCUACGUCUGGACACAGUGACUCCGACUGAUUCCGGUUCGUACUCAGUGACUGUGAUUGAGUUAAACCACGGAUCAGCCACAGCGGCUUUACAACUGCGUGUUCACACUCUGCUGUCCAAUGUGAGCAUCAGCCUGAGUCCAGACAAGGAGAUAUUUAUCGAGAACGAAGACACAGUGACACUGAGGUGUACAGCGAUGGGAUCGUUCCCCACCUAUUCCUGGGCACUGGAUGGACACCCGUUACCUGUAACCCCACGUUACACACUGUCUGCAGAUAAUAGCACUCUGACAAUCAGCCCCGUACACAGGAGCGACAGUGGAGGGUUUAUCUGUACGGCCAGUAACCUGGUGGGCAGUGACAGCAGCAAACCAGUGGCCCUAACCAUACAAGCCCUGGUGUCCAAUGUGAGCAUCAGCCUGAGUCCAGACGGGGAGAUGAUGAUAGAGAAUAAAGACACAGUGACACUGAGAUGUACAGCGAUGGGAUCGUUCCCCACCUAUUCCUGGGCACUGGCUGGACACCCGUUACCUGUAACCCCACGUUACACACUGUCUGCAGAUAAUAGCACUCUGACAAUCAGCCCCGUACACAGGAGCGACAGUGGAGGGUUUAUCUGCACGGCCAGUAACCUGGUGAGCAGUGACAGCAGCAAACCAGUGAAGCUGGUGAUAACUUAUGGCCCUGAUCCACCCACAGUUGAAGUGAUCGGGCUGGAGCUAUGUGACAGCUUCUUCCCAGGACAGUACUGUGGGAAGGAGGGAGAUUUAUGA